AUGGUAAGCGUUAAUUCAUAUGGGCAAAUCAUAGGCGAUGCGCUUCCUAAUUGGCAAGUAUGCACUUUUCCAGAGAGGAAAACUCUUAGGGGCAAGUUUUGUCGAUUAGAGCCGUUGAAGGUUGAAAAACAUGGUAGAAACCUAUUCUCGUCAUUUUCACAAAUGGGAGAUGACAGGUUGUGGACAUAUGUGCCGUUGGGCCCUUUCAAAGAUUAUGAUGACUUUGAGAAUGUCUAUGCCAAACUGGCACAAGACAGUAGCGCGCUUCACUUCGCGAUUCUAACAGCGGAAACUGACCUUCCGAUUGGCACUAUAGCAUUAAUAAGGAUCGACAAUGGAAAUGGCAGCAUAGAAAUAGGAUUUGUGGUCUUCUCGCCUGCAUUGCAACGUACCCCAAUGGCCUCAGAGUGUCAGUUUUUGUUGAUGAAAUAUGUGUUCGAAGAUUUGGGUUAUCGGAGGUUGGAGUGGAAAUGUGACAGUUUGAAUGAACCUUCAAAAGCAUGUGCUCAGCGGUUGGGAUUUCACUUCGAGGGAACCUUUCGUAAUGCAGCAGUAUACAAGGGUCGUAGUAGAGAUACUAGUUGGCUCUCAAUUACUGACUAUGAAUGGCCAAUCAUUCAGAAGAGUUUCGAGGCUUGGUUAAAAGAUAAUAACUUUGUUGAAGGGAAGCAGCAAAGAAGAUUGGUUGAUAUUAGAAUGGAAAUUGCGAAAGGCGCUGAACAUCAUAAAUUUCCUUGA